GUUCAGUCCGACAGUCCGCGUGCUACUGUCAACUCGGGAACGGAACUGUUUUGCAGUUCGUUCGUCAAUCCGUGCGAGAGCAGGAAGAAACGUAGAAACGUUGACCGUCGCGAAGCAUAGUCGAUUAUUUUCGAAAGACGCGUCGAGCACGUCAUGUGCAGGUCCUCUUUUCUCGAAUUUAAACGGUCUAUCCAAAGUGAAAUUCAAAGAAGCACGGCGAGGGUGUACGAAAUUACGAAUUUUGAUCAGAACGUUUUGUCAUCGUUGAAAAUUCACCUGAAAAACGAGCUACCGCUCGCAGCAGACUCGUCGCUCACUCGGUGAGGACUGCUGCCGUACAUUCUCGCUGCUCCAUCGACAGCCCCGUCGCGCCGGGGGUCGGCGACAAGAAGGCAAGGGUGCGCGGAACGACGACUGGACUGGACGCGGGACCGGGAUUUAGGGACCGGACGUACGGCGAGACCCGGCAAAUGUGGCUCUGUGCACGGUGAGCCGGGGUUACGUGGGCCCGCGUGUGACCCGCGGGGCCCGUGCUGGUGGUGGUGCUGGUGCUGGUGGUGGCGGCGGUGGAGGUAGGUUGCUACGCGGCGAGGCGAGCGCGCGGUUGCCCUUGAGCCCCCGCAAUUUAUGCGCCGCGGGGGUCGGUUCGCGCGGGGUGCACGGUGCGACCGGCGCGACCGUGGCUACCAGCGGCGGUGUCGCGGACGAGGCCGGCGCCGGGCUACCGGACGAGCCGAUGUUGCACGUGGAACGAUCGGCGCACCACGGUACAUGGAUAUGCUGCGUGCCCUGCUACUGGCUGCGACGGAGCAAGGCCGUGCACAAGGCGCUGCUCACCUUCGCCAUGCUGCUGGUCACCAGUCUGCUGGUCACCAGCCCGGUGCUCUUCCUUAUCACGACCUUGCCGGAGGGCGAGCAGCCGCGCAAUUGCGCGCCAUUGGAUGAGGCUUGUGUCAGAGAGCGGGAUGGGCCCGAGGGUGUUUGUAAUACAGAUGUUUGCGUGGAGGCGUCGAAGAGGAUCCUAGCGUCCAUGAAACGUGGCGUCGAUCCUUGCAAGGAUUUUUAUAAAUUCGCAUGCGGCGGUUUUCGCGAUCAGCAGCCCUAUCAGCCGAGCGCGAGUUUCAACAUACUCCAGGCGCAAACUGACGCACGUAUACACAGAAAUCUAGUCGUGGAUAUUACUGUUUUAGAAAUGUUGACAAACGAGACAGGGCAUAUGGUCGCUGCCUUCGAGAAACUCGGGCAAUUUUACGAUGUUUGUCGCGACUUUAAGAUGAAACCCGUGAAUUUUACACCCGUUUACGAGCUCUUAAAUGAACUUGGUGGCUAUUUAUCGUCGAAAAGCGCGGUACCGGCCGACAUCACCCCUCUGAUCUCCGCAUUGCUAAAAGUAAACGGCGCGCCUCUCUUCGAUUUAUAUGUCGACGUAGAUCUUUACGAUCGCACAAAGCUAUCCGUAUACCUUGAUCUCCCUACCAAGCACCAGAGUUACGAGUUUCUCGCAGAGGACCAGAAAAAUAGAGACGUACAAAGAUUGCGUAGAAUUCAAGAGAUUGUUCGGGGAUUCUUGCCAAAAGAUAUGAAUCCGAAGGAACAGUCGUCGGAGACGGAUCUACUUUUGCAGUUUUGCUUAUCGCUCGAAAAGGUUUAUCCAAAGCACAAAGACUUAUACAAUUGGGUGGACGUCGAUCAAAGGGUGUACGUUGCCUACAAUGUGACUUAUCUUCAAGAGACCUUUGGCUAUAUAAGAUGGAGAUCGUUGCUAAAUACAACGUUACGCCAUGGCGCAAACAGUACCGACCUGUACAGCAAUAAUAAUGAUACUAAUCGCGCAUACCGACCGCCUUAUACAGCCGACGAUCAGCAGAUUUACGUUUACGUCACCGCUCCGCGUUACUUUCGCAGCCUCGGCAAGUUACUGAAUCGUUCCUCUAAACGGAUUAUUCAUAACGGAUUGCUGGUGCUGUACGCCAUGGAUACACUGCACGAUAUCGUGAACGUUACCGCUAUUCAGGACUGGGAGGUUUUUUGCUACAAAUUAACCAAAAGUCUAUUCAGCGAGGCAGUCAGUGCGCUCUAUGUGCGACAGCACACCCCAAAGUACUUGGAAACUCUAGUUAACAGGAUAACAGCAUUAUUUGAACGCGUGAAGGAAACGUUAGCCGAACGUAUAUUGAUAAAGUCGUGGCUGGACGAUGAGACCAGAACGCAAGCGUUGCUGAAACUGAAUUCCUUACAAGGCCAAUUUCAAGUGUCGCCCGCUUUUUACAAUGACACAUUACUGGCAUAUGAAAUGGUCGAGAUUGUAAUCGAUUCGGAUGACUUUUUCACUACCGUCCUAAGAAGAUUCCGUCAGAUCCGGAAACAGGAGAACCAAAGUUCAUUACGAAGAAACGCAAUAAAAAGACGCCACUAUCCUUACUCUGUACACGCCUAUUACGAAUCCUCCACAAAUUCGAUCGAAAUUUCGCUGGCUAUGAUGACAUCCUGGGCAUGGUCGUGGGACGGCGGACCGGCUUAUGCGGUUCACGCUACGCUAGGAUCGGUUAUCGCUCAUGAGAUCCUGCACGCCUUUGAUUUUCACCGUCGCAGAUCGCCCGUAGAUCCCGAUAUGAACACUGACGAGUGGCUCUCAAUCACACCUGACUCUUGGAAGCGAUUGGAAGCCAGAAUAGAAUGCGUCGCGAGGCUUUACGCCAGGAGCUUCUGGCGUAAGGUUCAAUUUUACGGAAACGACGUUGCUGUACAGUUCGACUGGAAUAUGACGAGAAACGAGAACGUUGCGGAUAUCGGAGCUCUACAAAUUUCUCACAAGACUUGGCAUACUUUGACGAACGGAAAGGAUCGGAGUCUUCCUGGACUGGAGGGACUUCGUUCAAGUCAACUUUUUUUUAUAAGUGCCGCUCAGGUUUAUUGUGUUAACACAACUGCCGAGGCCUACGCUGUCUCUGUUGAAUUCGAUUAUCCUGCUCCUCAUCCUGAGAGAGUCAAUAGUGUAAUAAUGAAUUCUCAAGCGUUCGCAGAAGCGUUUCGCUGUCCAAUCGGAGCAAAGAUGAACCCCCCGAACAAAUGCAUUGUCUGGUGAUGAUCAUACACACUCGUUCAUACAUGAGUAAAUAUAUCGUCACCUUACGCAACAGGCUGCCUACGUUUGUUUUACGCCGUAACUAUAUAAUGAAUCAUGCAAAUCAUUUCAGAAUCGCAGAAUUAAUGCUGCGUAGUGAUCACUUUUUCCUUUCUGGGUGGGAAUUAAUAAAACUUAACCCAUUAAAGGUCAUAGUAAAAUAUAAAGAAUUUUAGUUAAAAGUCAGAAUGGUGUUUAUUCACUAAAGAUCUGAGAUUAAUGCUAGAAUCAUUAAAUAGAUAGUUCUUACUCAUCUUGUACCUGAAAAAUCGCGUUAUAUUUUUGCGACGUUAAAAAGUAGAAAAUAUCACAUUUAUUUUUUUAGAUCUUUGAAAAACAUAAAAGUGUAAAUACAUGGACUUUGGCAAAAGUUAAAAAGAUAUUAAUA